AUGGCGGUUUCUUUAGAAGCUUUGGCCAUGGCAGGUGUUAGUUGUGUGAAAUUUGGCAUGAGUGUUGAAGAAUGGGAACGCAGAGAUUUGGAUCCAUAUCCACCACCGCAUUUACUAGCUGAAGAAGAAGAAGGUGAAAGUAGCAUCGAUGAAGAAGAGUGUCGUGUCACAUUCACCAAUCAUGAAGAAAAAGGGAAGAGAAAGCAGGAAUUAAGAAGGGUGGAAAAAUGCUCCAGGACUAUUAAAUUAAUGGCUAGAGCAUUUGGAAUGUUAUUAUCAUUAUUUUGUCUUAUAAGAACAAGAGAUUAG